AUGAUUAUGUGCCAUUGGACAACUUUGAUGCGCGUUUUACUCGAUGUACAUAAACAUGUACGAUGCGGUCCGGAGUCUAGGGUUAUUCCAAGAAUUCUCGACGUUCGAGCGUCAUGGAAUUUCCCGAUAGCAAAAAAGCGUCUUGUAGGAGCUGGUCUUUAUCCGGAGGCUGUCGACUCGGCUACGGCUGGAUUCAUAACGGAAAUUAUUCGUCUUGCAGGCAGGGAUGCAGAUCGUCUUUGCAAUAAGGAUCCUAUGACGUUUCAUCAUUUGGAGUAUAUGGCACAUUUGUUCCCGAAGGCACAAUUUAUAAUGAUGGUCAGAGAUCCUCGGGCUGUCGUUGCUUCUAUAAUAAAGUAUGUUGUCUUUUCUCUCAAACUAUUUCCAUCUUUAAUGUUAACGUGUGCUUUGGAAACUGGUUACUAA